UCUCUCAUCACAUAACAUAUAACAUUUCCCUUACGUACACAUAUAGAACUCCAAAACAGAAACAACAUAUAUACACUUUAGAUACAAAACUAGCUCUCUGAAUAAACUUCACAUUUUGCUUAAGAACGUGCUUGAUUCUAGUAGCUUAGGGAUGACAACAAACUCUUCUCAUCUAGCCUCACUAAAUGACAAGGAUUUCCUUGAACUAGUAUGGGAAAAUGGUCAAAUUCUUGGAGCAAAAGUUACAUCAUCAAAUAGAACAACAACACAAAACACACCUUUGUGCAUAGGGUAUUCAACAAACCCUUCAAAUAACAAGGAAGAUGUGAUCAUCAAUAACACUACAAAAAGAAGAACAAACUCAAACUCAUCACUUUUGAAUCAUUUCUCAGCUCAAAACCUCAGCUCAUCACACAUUGAUUUUCAAUCCUCUCAAAGCAAGACUUUUCAUAAACCAAAUGAAAAAUUCCAACAACCUCACAUGUAUUCAACUCCACUCAAGAAACAAAGAUUGGAUUAUUCAAACUCAAAGAAACAAAACUUGGGGUGUGAUCAAAGAACAGGAAUAGUUAACUUCUCCAACUUUUCUAUACCAGCAAUGUUUCUCAAAUCAAAUAAUCACCAAAACAGUACAAGAAUUAAUGUAUCAAAAGAAGUAGUAAUUGAAUCAGCUAAAGAUUCAUCACAACAACAUGGUGUAAGAAAAUUUCAACAACAAAAGACUUUAACUUUAACAGCUGCUAACAAAUUAUCAAACCAUGAUGAACACUCUGAAACUGCAGCGAGUCAUAAAAGUACACUUGAUGAUCAAUAUAAUAACAACCAAAUCCAGAAAUCAGAAGCACUUAAAGGAAAGAGAAAAGCUUGUGGUAUUGAACAACCAUCUUCUGUAUGUUCACUUGAAGCCUCAAAUGAUCCAAACUUUAGUUUCAAAAGACAUGAUGAGGACACAGUCGACACCAAUGAUUCACCAUAUUUAAGUGAUGAUGAUGAAGAAACACCAGAAAAUAUGAUAAAGGAAAAACUAGCUCGUGAAGGCAAAAGAAGCUUCAAGAAUUCGGAAAUUCAUAAUUCAUCUGAAAGGAAGAGAAGAGAUAAAAUCAAUAAGAAGAUACGCACAUUAAAAGAGCUCAUACCCAAUUGCCAUAAGACGGACAAAGCUUCCAUGCUUGACGAUGCAAUCGAAUAUCUUAAGACGCUCCAGCUCCAAUUACAGAUAAUGUCAAUGGGAAGAGGAAUUUGUAUGCCAAUGAAUCAUCAUAUGAAUAUGAAUAUGAAUAUGAAUGCACAACAUUUAAUAGGUUUUAUGCCACCACAAGUACAGUUUCCUAUUCCACAACAAAUGAGCGGUAGUGGUAAUAGUGUCACAGAUAACAUCAACAACAUAGUUCAGAUGUUUGGUUUUUCCAACCAAUUACCACCACCACCAUUGCCAUUGCCAAUGUCAAUUCCCAAUGCACCUUUUCUUCCUAUCAUUGGAAACUCUAAUUCCACCACAACAAACUCUACUUUUGGCAACAAGAAUCAACCUGCAGACAGGACGUGUGGCUUAUUCUGAUAGGUUAACAACUCCACGUGUCUACUUAAUUUUGUUGAUGUUUCCAACUGUAAUUUUUUUAUAUACUUUGUCAAUUUCCUACCAACGAUAGAGGAAAAUCAAUUUCCUACCAGCUGAUUCAAGUUUUAAAGAGUGUAGAGUUUGUUAACACUGUACAAAAAUUGACUAAUAUCUGAUUUUAGAAUAUCAGUGGUGACUUUGCUGGAAAUGUUUUUAAAUUA